AUGGUUCACUUGCUUGCUGUGGUCAUUUCUUGUCUCUCGCUCUCUUGGGUGUCGGUUCUUGUCCGCUUCUGGGUCAAAAUAUUUAUGAUCGGUCGUGUCCGAUGGGACGAUUGGAUCUUGCUGCUGGCAGUGUGUAGUUGCGUGCUGGUCGUGAUCAACGCCACUCCGCGUGAAAACAUGGCCACCACACUGGAUAUCGUUCCCUACAUGUUCAUCGCCUCCUAUCAGCUCGGAUUGUUGACCUCGGUCUGCAUCAAGACGUCCUUUGCCCUUUCCUUGAACAGGUGCUUCGCGGUGAGAUGGCAACGUCUGCUUGUCACCAACAUGACGCUUUCCUUCUACAUAUAUGCGGUCAUCAGGAUCUUCAUCGAUCUCUUCUUCUUCUGUGGUUCACCUGGCGACAUGGCCCAUAUGGCCAGCAUCCGGCAAUGCAAGCACUACCCAGAAAUGAUAAAAUGGUGGUUGGCCGGUUCGAUAUUCAAUGCCGUUGUGACCUGGGUCUACGUUCUGCUCCCGGCUUUCGUCAUCUGGACAUCCAGGCUAAGCCUCAAAGUCAAGGGUUCUGUCUCGAUAAUCACCGCCGUCGGCAUAUUGAGUGGUUUAGCUGCCACCUUUCGCAUCUUGGGGUCUGGUAAUUUCAAGGCUUUCAAGGACCUCACACCAACCAAUUUCGACAUCAUCGCCUGCAUAGUGGCCGAAAUGGCUUUCGGUAUUAUCGCAACAUCCAUGACGAACUCUACCAAAUUACCAAGCAUGUUGGCUCGAACAAAGGGCUACGAUACUAGACCGAAUGUCGUGGCCGGUAGUUCAUACCUUGAGGAAGGUACUAUCGACUUCGUCAAACUCUCCCCUAUCAUCGGACCACAGAAGCUUGUGGACAACACUAGGAGCCCAUUACAGACUGUGGAAGAAUUUCCUGCUCUUGAAGAAGGGACAUUUGUGCCGUCGACACCUGCACCCAAGACUGAGCGCGACUCUUGGGAUCGUGCUUUUGGAUCACCGGCAUCGGCUGCACCAGCUAGGUUGACACUGAUCAUCGACGAUAUUAGUGAUGAUGAGGAAGACGGUAACAAAGAGUUACCGGAGGUCAAGAAGACUUUCACGAAUGUAUAG